CACUCACGGGGGCCGCCGUGAGACUAGAACUGGCCGGGGCAAUCGCUGCCAUCGUAUUGAAUACGCUCGCCCGUCAUUGGCCCACUCAUGAUUCCUUCUCACCAGCCCCUUUUGCCACUGGUCUGGGGCUGUGCUUGCAUAACUCUGGCUUUCUCCAGUUUACUCCACAAGUCGAACAGUCAACUGGAGUCACUGAGUCAGGAUGAUGACUCAUGGUGAUGAGGUCGAGCAUCUUCUCCAGCUUGACUCAGCGCCAUGAAGUCACUGCCGCUUUGGGUCUAGUGGCCCGUGAGCUCCACCCGCCGCCGCAAAUAUACAUCCGAUCGCAUCUGCUUCCAUGUAGAUAGUUCUCCAGCUUGUCCAGCGUCCUUUACCACUCCAGCUAAGGCAUUUUAACAUGAGCAACACACAAACAGGAAGCUCUGCCAGCGUUGGCCCUGCUGCCGGUCAGCGACCAGUGUCCAAGGCGGAAGCUUCGAACCCCCGAGAGUUCCAACUCAACCAGCUAAGACGACGCUUCCGUCUGACAGAAACCAGCAAUGAUGAUGGAACCACAUUGACUUUCGGAAUGGCACCAUCCGAUCCUGACUUUCCCUUUGAGAUGGAUCAGCUUCAGUGCGUGCUGCAUGUUCCCCGGACGUACCCUGCGCAAGGACGGCCGUCUAUCAAAGUCACCAAUCCUGAAAUGGGCAGCGCGUUUCAGGAGAAUGUGUCGAGGGGUUUCGAUGAUAUUGUCGACAGCACGAUUAGGAGUGGUGGUCGUGCCACUCUACUCAGUUGGAUUAAUAGUCUUGAUCGACAUCUGGAACGCUUGCUCACUACUACGGAACGGGGCCCUACAUUGAAGUUUGUGCCCAACAUGGGCAGUCAAGGGCAAGCCGAGCAGAAGCUAGCCCAGGAUAUGAGGGCUCUAGCUGUGUCCUCUGAAAACAAAAAAGCCCCAAGUCGGGAAUCAACUGUCCAGCCUCCAGCUCCCGUUUACACCGCGGAGGAGAAGGCUCAGGCGGAGAAACGGAGAGUAGUCGAGACGAAGCAACUGGACGCUCGACUGGGGAGACUGCCUCUGUACCAAAAGUCCAGUGAUGGGCUGUCCUUUGUGAUCCCCAUCCAGCCGGCUAAGAUUGAUCGUUUACCCGUUUCUGUUCGCUCUGUCAAGUCGGUGAAGCUCCUGGUGCCUCGUUUGUAUCCUCUUGAACCAAGUGUGAUACAAUUGCAGGGUAUUGAUAGCCUUGAAGGUAGAGCUGUGGAAGCCGGCUUUUCGCAGUGGGUUGAAGGAAAUAAGCAAUUGAACCUGAUGUCACAAGUCAACUACUUGACGAGCAAUAUGCAUAAUUUCGCCAAGACACCGCUGAAAGCCGCUGAGCCAGCUCCUGCACCUGCACCUGUGCUCCCUGCGAGUGUGCCCAGUGAGCCGGUAUUCCAAGCGGAAGGAACACCGUUGGAGGAUAAGCCACAUGUUCAUGUCGUACCGCGGCCCCCGGAGUGGACUGUGGGCGAUAACAGCAGUGGCACUGAUGACACGGAUAUCACUGCAUCUGAGGAUGAGCUGUCUGAUGAUGAGGAGGACGGCGGUGCCCCAGUCCCAGAUCUUCCGGAGCCUACGACAACUGAGCGCGGAGUCGCUCUCUCGUUCCCUUUCUUGGAACUCUACGGGAUUGAGCUUCUGGAACUCGUGGGUCUCUAUAUCACUGUCAAGUGCGACAGGUGCAAGGAAUAUCUCGAUGUCAGAAACAUUCCACAGAUCAAGGACAAGAGCGAUGAGCUGUCUCCCAAGAUUGAGACGUGCAAGAAAUGCGCGAAUACCAUGAGCCUUGGAUUCCGUCGACAGCUUAUGCACCCUAGCUCCACUCGGGCGGGUUAUCUUGACCUGGAUGGAUGUACUGUCGUAGAUCUUCUUCCUAGUAGCUUUAUCCCGACGUGCGCGGAAUGCUCCACGGCGUUUCCUGCACCUGGUGUCGUUGCCGUUCGAGGCGAGAGUGCCAUGGCAAAUUGUCGUCAAUGUCACCGCAAGAUGGUCCUGAAAAUCCCCGAGGUCAAGUUCCUGAAAGUGGGAUCCGCAGCAUAUUCCUCUCGCUUUCGUGCUCCUCCACGCAAGAAGCCCAAGGAACUCCUCGGUAUCGUUGCAGGUCAAGAACUGCCUCGUCGCGGCCGUUGUACACAUUAUGGCAAGAGUUAUCGGUGGUUUCGAUUCAGCUGCUGUGCAAAGGUCUUUCCUUGUGAUAAAUGCCACGACGCGGCUGAGGAUCAUCCCAACGAGCAUGCAAACCGCAUGAUCUGUGGCUUCUGCUCACGAGAGCAAAUCUACCGCCCCGAGAACUGCGGAAUAUGCCGCGUAGUCCUCAUUGGGAAAGCCGGAAGCGGCUUCUGGGAGGGUGGAAAGGGCACGAGGAAUAGGGUGCUGAUGAGUCGAAAGGAUCCACGCAAAUAUAAGCGCCGCGGAGGAACAACACCAGGUGGUGCUAGUUCGAAAAAAUGAGAUACUAUAUAUAAUGAAACUGAUCAUUCCCGCGC